UGUUUUGUUUUUUUGGAGCGAGCAGGAAAUCAGUGAGUCCAUCAGGGCUGCUGUGAUUCCCAGCAGUGAUACGUCAUUAUACUGGAUCACUGUUUGAAACGAGGGCAGCUGUGCUGGACUCUGGAACUGACACUUCAGGAAACACACGCCGGUGAGGUAGGGAAAGAGAGGUAUUUUCCUUGUAUUCAGUCACAGAAUACACCAUUAUAUGUGUGCACUAGUGCCACACUCAUGUCAGAGCCUCCAAAGUGCUGCAUCUGCCUGGACGACUUCACCAACCCUGCCUUACUCCCCUGUGGACACAGCUUCUGUCUGGGCUGUAUCGGAGAAUACUGGAGGAUCCACGGGGCUUGUCAGUGCCCUCUCUGCAUGACCCACUUCCCCACCAGACCACAGCUGAAAACAUGCCACACAACACACCCUGAAACCCCAGCGACGCCUUUAAAAGCCGGGGAGGUUCCCUGUGAUCUCUGCACGGCCACGAAACGGCCCGCGGUCAAGUCGUGCCUGGUGUGUCUGGCCUCGUACUGUGACACUCACCUGGAGCUACAUUACCAGAGUGAAGAUCUUGGGCGCCAUCUUCUGAUCAGUGUGGUGAAGAACUUGGAGGAGCCUGUGUGCAGAGUGCACGAGAAGCCUUUAGACCGGUUCUGCAGGAGUGACCAGACAUGCAUUUGUGCCAUGUGCACUCAGACCGAGCACAGAGGUCACCACAUCAUCCCCAUUUACAGGGAAGCUGCAAAGAAGAAGGUGAAGCUAAAACGGAGGAGGACGAAGCUUCUGCAAGCCAUUCAAGAGAGACUAAGCAAAGUCGAGAAAAUCAAGCUGUGCGUCGGCCGCAGUGGAGAAAACCCGGCAGAGGCGCGGGCGGAAAAUAAAGAGCUCGUGCAACAGCUGGAGGAAGAAAUCUGCGAUCUGCAGAGGGAGAACUCUGAGCUGGAGCAACUCUCACACUCCGAAGAUGACCUGCACUUCCUGCAGAGAUUUCUUUAUACGUCUUAACGAACAUGACCAAGCGAAGGCGCUGGGACAAAGAUGAUUCUGCUAUUUAUUUUUCUGAAAUGGAUGACGGGUUGUACUUCGCCAAUCACAGAUUGUAACACACUCACGCAAGCGUGUCAAGGAACGACGGUGGCCUUCGUGUACCAGAAAAUAUGUCAUUUUUCUUCUUUAGCACAGUUAGCUUCUGCUUUAAAACCCAACAUCUGGCAGGUUUGUCUCUUCAGGCCGCUGCAUGUCCGCUGUAAAGCAAGGUUGUUGCCUCAAGUCCCGAUAAAAGGCUUACAGUGCAUUCCAUUUACAUCGGAAGUCGGAACUGGGAGUGACAUUAUCUCCGAGUUGACCAUUUUCCACUUGGAAAAAAAAAGAAAAGGAUGCUAACGUAUCUCGGGCUCGCCAAUGUAAGCCAUUGUUAAUAAUGACAGUCGCUAACGACAGUCUGCCAUUCCGAUGCAACCAUAAAGGGGUGUUCCAGUUAAUAUUUCUGACUAGGAACUCAGAAACUAGAAAUUAGAAUGCACACAUUUUAUUAUUAUUCCACAUUUGGGAAAACGAGAUUGUUUUUAAUUUAAAGCCGUUAUAUUGCGCGUUUCCAUUAUACACAUUUUAGUAUUGGCUCAGCCAGAGCAGGUACCAGAAAAAGUACCCAAUAAUAAUUCUAGCCGAGCCGAGUCGUGCUAGAACCGCAUAAUCGCAUUUCUACCAAUAAACUCUCCGACAUGUCACAAGUUUGACAUUUAAAUGAAUAGUUUGCCUGUAAACACUGAGGGAAGUUACCUCUCAAAGGUAAAAAGCCAUAAAACAACAAUAAUAAUGAUAACAAUAAUAAUACUUACCUGUUUUUUGCACAGAUUAAACAAUAACAUGUUAAAUAAUUCGUUUUUUGGAUGCUGGCGGAGCCAGUUUUGCUGUUUUUUUUACGGAUUACCACUUGUGUUGCUAAGCUAAGUGACAAACAGCUCCAUGUCCCAUAAUAAGUCCAUCUGAAUGUAUUUCUUUUAAUCAACAUUUUCUAUAUGUAUGAAUAAUGAUAUGUUAUUAAAUUAUACACUAAUAAUGUAAACUGUGAGAACUGCAAACAUUAUGGAAGUCAGUGACUGAUUUUAAUGAUAAUGUGAGUUUAUAUGAGGUACAAGAAUUUUGUAUUUUUACCCACUUUUUUCUUAUGAAUGAAUGAAUACAAUGUCAAACACUGUAUUUAUGUGAAACAAUAAAUGCUGUGGGGGUAAAAAAAAA